UCUACCAAACUAUUAAGUGCGCAGAUUCUAUUACCGUGGAACGCGAAACUACCAUUCUAAAGUCCAAAUAUAAGUUCCAAUUUAGAUCUUUUAAUUCCGUUGCCAAAACAAAAGUUCCUAAAGUGACUCUUUUCAGAUAGCGAGCGUAUCUUUUUAAUUGUUCUAAUUUAUCCGCUAAUUAACUUGUGUAAAUUAUUAUACUUUUCGUUCCAUUCCAAAAAAAAAAAAUGUCCACUUAGACAAAAAUCUCUCGUAGUUUUGCAUGAUAAACAAGAACAUAUCACUGGUCGUACAUAAUGCAGGUAGCUAAGAAUUUAAUGAUUUGUAUCCAAGAUUUCAAAUUCGAAGACCUGUCGUUUUACAUUUCUAGCUCAGUUGAUUUCUAAAAUAAAUAACAACAUAUCAAAUAUUUUUAGAGUUACAUUUAGUAAAAAAGAAUUGAUUCUUCCCAACGGUCACCAAACAAUGUAUGCUGCAAUUUAUUGGCACCUACAUUGUCAUACUUUUACAGCGAACAUUAAUUACAGGGAAAUUUUGUCCACAUAAGUUAGGCACCAAUAACAGGGUAAAAAAAAAAUCAAAUGAAUAAUAAAAUGUCUAGGUAGUCCCUCAACGAUCCUGAUAUUGCAAGUUGGUCCUUAUCCUUUUAAUGUUAGUACAGUCACAACCUUUUACGUAAAAGAAAUAACUUUUCUUUGAAAUGAAUAUUUAAUCUACCGCUUCCGUAAAAUGCUUGAUUGAUUUUAAUUCAACCCAAGCAGGAUUAAAGAGGCAAUUACAGCAAAAGUAGGAUUUAAAGCUUGCAAAUGAAAGGGAAAAUUACAGGAACUAAUUUGUAAAUGGCGACAGUACAGGGACUUCUCCGUACAUUUUAUGCAGAAUUUUGCAACUAUAUGUAGGAAUGGGGAGGGCCUUAGUUCAACUUGUUACUGUCUCUUUCACUGCCUCUCCUUCUCCCAUGAAUCAACUAACACUCAUUCUUGCGCUUUUGUCCUCCUACAUUUCCCUUAUUCAAUCCACACCCCUAAACUACACCUCCGUAUUUAGCUUUGGUGAUUCAUUAGCCGAUACCGGAAAUCUCCUACUUUCCGGCGCGCUCCCUUUCCCUUCAAUCGGCCAUCUCCCUUAUGGCAUUACCUUUUUCCGGCACCCCACCGGUCGCUGCUCCGACGGCCGUUUAAUUGUCGAUUUUAUCGCUGAAGCAUUUGGGCUACCAAUGCUUCCUCCUUACUUAGCCCGCGGGGCGGAUUUCCGGCACGGCGCGAACUUUGCGGUCGGAGGCGCCACCGCGCUAGACCCGGAAUUUCUACAAGAGAUUGGAGUUGGGGAGCUUCUUUGGACUAAUAACUCAUUAAGCGCGCAAUUGAGGUGGUUCGAGGAAUUAUUGCCUUUGCUUUGCAACACGACAAAAGAUUGCAGAGACUAUUUUAGUGCUUCUCUGUUUCUCGUCGGUGAGAUUGGAGGGAACGAUUACAACUACGGAUUUUCUGUAGGGAAGAGCAUGGAGGAAAUUCGAUCUUAUGUUCCGAACGUGACCGGUGCGAUCGCAACAGCUACUGAAAGAUUGAUCAAUAACGGCGCGAUUCACCUGAUGGUGCCCGGGAAUUUACCCUUUGGUUGCUCGUCGGUGUACCUAACGCUGUUCGGAAGUGUGAGAAAAGCCGACUACGAUCGUCGGAACGGGUGCUUAAAGAAGUUCAACAGUUUCGCGAAGUACCACAAUGCGUUGCUUCGUCGGGCGCUGGCGAGGCUACAGAGGAAGUACCAAAGAGCGAGGAUCAUCUAUGCCGACUACUAUGGCGCGGCGAUUCCGUUUUCGCACGCACCAAAACACUUUGGGUUCACACACGGUGCUCUAACAUCAUGUUGCGGCGGCGGCGGCCCUUACAACUUCAACCCUGCGGCCCGGUGCGGCCACCAGGGCUCAAGCGUUUGCUCGGACCCGUCUUCGUAUGCUAACUGGGACGGGGUUCACUUAACCGAAGCCGCUUACCGCUCUAUCGCAACCAAUCUGCUCCACGGUCCCUACACUCAUCCGCCACUAAUGAAACAAAAUUCGUAAUAAAGGGCGGUUUUAUCAAAUUUGGUCAUUAUUUAUUGAAAAAACAGAUUAUGUAAAUUUGAUCUAUUUAUAGUAAAAAUGACUCUGUUAAUAUAUACGAAAGGUUAAAAUGAUAGCAGUGUGCUUUGCUACUAUCAGGUGCGACAGCUUGCAUUGAGAUGAAGGGUCGAACCAACGAAACAUUCUAAUGAUAGUCCCGUCAUAGUUAUUUAUGCAAGGAUAUGUAAAAAUUAUCUUGAUUUGUAUAAUGAAAUUCUUUAAAAGUUCUCACUGAUUUCAA